AUGUUACGCCACGAUUCACGGACGCCGCGUUGCUGGCGUUUGGCCUUGCGACGCAUCUUCAAUGCUCAGGAUUUCUAUGACAGCAUACGGCCAAUGAUUGGCCUGGGCCUGGUGCUGGGCAUUACGCCGUAUUUCGUGUGCCGCGGCGGUUGCCAUGGCGAGCGAGUGGUGCGCGAAACAUGGUACGGAUUUGCCAAUGCCAUCAGCCGCUGGCUACUGAUCGCCUUUUGCUACACGUACACACUGAUGCACAAGGAGUCUUUAAUUGGCUACUUCAUGCGCAACCAUAUCUCGCAGAUGAGCGCCCGCAUUCACGACAUCAUCGGCAUCGGUGUCGGCAUCGUCAUAUUCAUAAUGCCGAUUUUUCUGCGCCGUCAUCUGCGCCACGCCAUGGAGAAACUGGUGCGCAUCGAUAGGCGCCUGGACCGCUUACAUUUUCCCGUAAGCUACAGGCAGAUUCUGUACCAAGUUCUAUUGGAGCUGCUGCUGAUCAGCGCCCUGGAUGCUACCAUCAUAAUUAUCUGCCUCGUCUGCCUAGACAAUAUGGAGGUGCGGCCUUCAUAUCAGCUGACCUUUAUCAUGAUGUACGAGCUGAUCACCAUUUCGAUAACAAUUUGCAUGUUCUGCUUGUUCGCUGGUUCGAUUCAUCGCCGUUUCAAGCGAUUGCAAAAGAAACCGAGACGAGAACUCAGUUAUGCUAACAACUAA